UUUAUUGUUUUGAGAGUUUGCCCGUCUAAUAUUAAGGCGGUUCCGCCUACACCCGUCAAGAAUACGGAGUCUAUGGUUACAGGGAAAAGACUAGUUGGUCAGGAGUUCUUUAAGUCUAUGUCACCUUUUUUUAAUUAAUAUAAAAUGGUGGAGUUUUCCCAGGUUCUUUUUUUCUAAGAUCGGGUUACAGCGCCGGUAAGCUUUCAUGAUCGGCUUGUUGGUUGGACCCAGCACGUUAGUGGCGCUAGCGGUAUUUUAUAAUGGCACUAUCAUAGCUAGGCUUAUGCUGUCCCUUGGAGCUCCACUUGAUCUUCUUCAGCGAGUUUCGCUAGAUUCCGGGUUGAAAGAUAGACAACAGGACAGCAGGUGGGUAGUGUUAGGUCACUAGGCGAUGACUGAACAUUGUCAGCUUGUAGCGGCGGGCAGGACUUGACCCUGGGUCCUCCAGGAAACCGCGCCCGCAAGCUGACCACACAUUAACCAUUUGUAUAUAUCUGAGCUCGUUAUUUUGAAGCAUGAAAUCGCCUGAAUCUUUAAUUAGGCCGGUAAUGCCAUAUUCUGCUUUGCUCGUACUCAUUCCUUUCAAAACACUUUAUUUCAUCCAUGGUUAUACCGGGACCUUCCAAGUUUGGCGAAUCAUUUUCCUCAUCACCACCCUUCUGCCCACCAUGAUCCCUCUUCAAUAUCGGCAACCCUAACGACCUCCUUCAUAUUAUUGUUUACCUGCCAGUUUUCAAGUCCUUGUUCGCGUCAGAAGUGAGACAACAGAAGCCUGACCAAGGAGGCGCUGCAAUUAGAACUAGCAGUGUAGUUGUCUGUCCUGAAGACUGCAUUUAUUGUACCCUGUGAGUAGGAUAACCAAACUUAAGAUUCAAAACCUAAGGCGAACAUCAACACACAACCUGCUGGUAGUGACGGACGGAUCGUAACUGAAUGCACGAGUUCCUCUCCCGCUUUAGAAUACGCAAACGAAAAGACAGCUGUGGGUACUUGCAUAUCAUUUAACCACCCCCUUGACACAAUGAAAGGAUUUGAGCUCACUGGACUUUUUACAAAACUUUCAGGAUCAGUUUUCAUUCUUAUAAUGUUUUAUGCAUUUUACCUAAUGAGUCGUCGCGAAAUACUACAGCAGCAAAGCGAUGACACAAAGAAGGAUGAUCGGCUCCAUGAAGAUAAUCCAAAACUUGAAAACAUUCUUGACACCAUAAAAAGAUACUCGCAGGAACAGGCUCCUAGUCAUAAAAUUUUGCAAGAUAACUCUUCUGAGGCUGAUCCUGUUAAUGUCGGCAUCUUCGACCUUAGCCCAACAGAUCGGCGGCCUCCGCCUACCAUGAUUCCUGUUAUGAACAACACGGAUGAGUGUCUGCCACAGAUGAAGGACCUCCGCGUUCAACCCGUCAACGAGCAGGAUUGUGAUCGACCCUACGUGCUGAUGAACCACGACGGGCGUCUGGGGAACAAGUUGUGCCAGUACGCCAGCGUCUACCUACUGCGACACUUUUACGGCGUCAGGGUGGCCAUUAGAAAAUCUAUGCGGAGCAACUUACAGCGCGUAAUGAAGGACAUCUUCUUGCCAACACACGAAUCCGGCUGUUUCCCGAGCAGCACUACCAAUCUCACGUACGAAGCUAUGCUCAUGAAGCUUUACACGGCCGCAAAGGAGGCUAGACUCAGAGUCACGGACAAAAACUUGAUAACGACGCCGCUCCUCAACCAGUCCUACUACCUGUUCGACUACCCCGCACCUCGAGACCUCCUCAUGGACCAUCGGGACCUGGUGCGUUCCAUUCUCAGGUUCAAAGACGAGGUAAUCUCCAAGGCUAUUGGAAACAUUGACAAGGCCAUCAAACCAUACAACGCUACGUAUUACCGAAGGGACUUUCCUAUCGUCACUGUGCAUUUUCGGCGAUCGGACUACACUGACUACAUCAAAAUGCAAUAUAACAUGACGCAGCUAGACGAAGUUUACUUCAAAAGAGCCUUUGACUUCUACAAGAAAAGGUUGAAAGGGCCAGUGUUCCUUGUGCUGAGUGACGACCUGGCGUGGUGCAGGAAAAAUCUGGCGACAAAGGACGUGGUGGUCAUGGAUGGAGCAACCGCGGCCGUAGAUAUGGCUACAAUCAGCCUUGGAGACCACCACGUCACCAGUUACGGCACCUUCAGCUUUACUGCAGCCUUGUUGGGUCCCGGGCACAUCACACACCCCAUCGGCCACAACAGACGGUACAAGAUCGUUGACUGUGUGCGAUCACCUUACUUCCAUUUUAUAUCUAGGGACAAGACAUAUGAGAUUGACAACUCUCAUGUAAAACUGGUGUAGUGUCUUUGGUGGCUCGGAGUUAAUAGUGUAGAAAAUAUGGCGGCAGGAGAGACAAAUUAGGUCAAUAACAUCAAGAAAAGGAAAAUAGGCACGAGGACGUGUGGCAUGCAAAGUUGCUGCUGCCAAUUCUACGCCAUGAACCAUAGAUGAGUGUGUUGCCACUCACAAUGAAUGAAUCAUACACAGCCUUAAAUAAUGUAUGUGUCUGGCAUCGAUCAUGGUUCCCAAACUAGAGAGUAAGUAGUGCCAGGCUACACGUACAUACACCUACGUAGUAGCACAAGUGAAUCAUUGUUACUCUUGAUACAUGCAUAGGAAUGCAAAAAUGAAGGGAAAAAAAGUAUAAUAAAAUUGCAUAAACUGUA